UGGCGUAUUCAAGGCCGAGCCACAUUACUAUCUGACACUCGGGGAACGCCUCGCGGUUACUGUUCCGUGCCUGUAAGGGACGCCAAAAUGCCAUAGCUCCAUUUUGCGUCUAGCUCACGGAAAACUUCUUUAAUUUCUUUAUUUCCGUCACCUUCCUGACAAUCAACAGAUCCAGAGCCUGAUCAUUUAAAUUCCCACUCGCUUGCAUCUCUUCCUGAUUUUUAAAGUUGCUGCGAAACACAUUCAUGAUCGAACUAUCCCCCCCCCCUUGCCAACCCCAUCCUCACACAUCAUGUCUCUGACCUUUGCCGUGGUCAAAGACGCAAUACCUUUCUGGUGGACCUGUGCUGCUCUCAUCCUCGCCUUCUUCAUCUUUCGUCUGUUCACUGUCCCAGCUCACCUCCGUCAUCUCCCUUGCGUUCCCGUACUUCCUCUCCUUAUCAGUUAUCUUUCCGGUGAAGUCGAAGAUGUACGUAUCAAGCGUCACAUCCUUCCCUUUGCAAACCAACGUGGCGAAGGCAUCGUCCUUGUUUGGGCGCUUGGCAGAUGGAUGAUUCACAUCCUGGACCAGAAGCUCGCCGUACAAAUGAGUGAAAACCUUACUCUCUACCCGAAAGAGACACCUCCCGAUGGUCUUCUUUUGUGGCGAUUCAUUGGGGGCUCCAACGUCCUGAUGACAAAUGGUGAUAUCUGGAAGAAACAUUCGAGGCUUAUUCGCGAUGCUUUCAGCUUAUCGAUCCCAGUUGACCAGUUCACAUCUCUUGCCAAGAACCUUUUCACGGUUAUCAACCCACCCUCAUCGUCGACCGAUACUCAUACCGUGUGCUGGUCCGAACUCGCUCAGCACUACGCCCUUGAUGCUGUAGGAUCAUCAGUACUUGGUCACGACUUCGAUGCCAUCCGAUCCGAGUCCGUCUUUGUCAAGGAAUAUAACGGGGUUAUGCACGACAUCGCCAACCCACUGUAUCUUAUCGCACCAUUCCUUGAGCGAAUCUUCCCUCGCAAGAAGGUUAUAGAUCGCAUGGAUAGCCUUGUAAAUAGAUUCAAGAAACUGCUAUUGGACAAGCGCACAGACCCUGGUGAUGAUAUGAUGACCUUCAUGUUGAAGGACCCUGAAAUGUCGGAUACAGAGCUUCGCGACAAUAUUGUCGUCCUCUUCAUUGCAGGUCACGAUACUUCGGCUGGAGGUCUUUCUACUCUUAUCUACUUUUUGGCUGUCCAUCCUGAAAUCCAGGAGGCUGCUCGCGCUGAAGUCCUUCGCAUCCUCGGCCCAACCGCCGACCCUACACUCGCUUCUCUUUCUGCUCAAUCUUUACCCUACCUUAACGCUUGCGUGCGUGAGUCUCUACGUAUCAACACACCCAUUUCCUAUAUCGUUCCUCGCACCACCGUCACUGGGGUUUCCCUUGGCAAAUACUACAUCCCGCCGAAAGCUUCUCUCAUCUAUAACAUCUACGCCGUCCACCACAACGACGGCACAUGGGGUGAUCCCAACGUUUUCCGACCCGCUCGUUUCCUCGAGGCAGAGGACAAAUCAACAAUCACUACAGUACUCAAGGAUUCUUGGGUACCGUUCGCUACCGGUCCUCGUCAAUGUCCCGCUCGUAAUUUUGCCAUCUACGAACAACGCGCGCUAGUUGUUAUGUUGUUGAGGGAAUAUACGUGGACGUUGCCGGAGGAUUCGAUACACAAGGAUGGAUUGAAGAAUGCUUUUUCGCCUUUUGCGUUGACAUUACCCUACGAUCUCAAUAUCACUUUCACCAAGCGGAAGGAUUGAUGUACCAUGAUGCUAUGUGGAUGUUCGGUGGGGCCCCCUUCUCAGACAAUCGAGUCACCUGAUAUAUUAACAAUGAAUGUGAUGAAUUUGUGACAACUUGUUGAAUGAUACAUUUGGUAUAAUCAAAUGCACUGAUAUGAUUAACUAACUUGUAAUGAUACUUGUCGGAAUGUAUCUUUACACGUUGUUGCUGGUGCAACAACUAACCUUUUUCUUUUUUCUUUUUUCUAUUAUGUACUAGUAACUUUGGAUAUGUAAAUAGUAUUAUUGUAUGUGAACAAUCGAAUCUUUUCACGAUUUUCAACGUAUCAUAGAUGAAUAAGUUAUUGUCGCAAAACUUGUGGCCGAAGCACAGGGGUCCGCAACAGAGCUACAUGCAUGAUGCAUGGAAGCGAAGUAUGAUUCCUAUAAAAUCACUCGCCUUGUCCCUGUAACGACAGUCGUCUGGUAUAUACUAGUGUCCGUAAUUUUGUGGAUAAACCACCUCCCAACUGUUAACCGCGCUCAGACUCAAAAAGUGAGGGGAUGAGCCGCUUAAACAGCAGUAUUGUUCAGCUGGGCUUCCUUAUCACGCUUCUUCUGUUCCUUUCUCUCUCUCUUCAGCCUCUCUGCCUCGGUUUCGUCAAUAGCACGCCAGUCCCCGAACAUGCCAGUGUUGAAUAUUUCCUUGAGAUUCAAUCCCAGAACUAACGCAAGAGCCACCCAUUCGUUCAGCAUGUGGAAGACGUAGAACUCUGCUUUCUCGGCAGGAGUGUUGAGAGACCCCUGGGACGUAGAUGUUAAUGAGGUCGUAGUGUUGUACAUGACUGCAAGGCGGUAUAUGGCAGAUGAACACAUGAGAGCACACAAUAAAAGGAGUAGCGAGGCAGGUCCUGACCUCACUCUUGGGAUCGUUGUCAUAGCCCAUACAAUUAUCGCGACAGUGAAAAGGGUGGCAAUUAAGCCGACUGCACUGCUUGCAUAUCUUAUUUGCGAAACACUUGCAUUGUUUAAUACUCCGUUAUAAUGCGCAUUCCC